GAGAAAUUAAAAACCGUAACGUCGCCGCUCUUGCAAGUACGGUGCACCAAAUUUCUUCUCGUCAUCUUUGUAAAGAUAAUCUUCCUCCGUCUGCUGCAGUCGACUGAAGUCCUCAAACCUGACGAAGUGUAGUGAUGCUUUUGGCUUUAUCUUAGGGUUCAUUGUGCAAACUCGAUCUCUCGCGUCGCUUGGAUUUAGAAGCUUGGUAGUGCAACGUCUCAGUCACUGACUUGGAAGUAGUGUGGGGAGAGACGAAGAGGGUUUUUUGUGUGCAGAUUGUUGGUAAAUGGCGCCUUAUAAGGGGAUACGAGAGCUCAACAGUUUAAAGAAGGAUUAUGAGGGAGAUUGUGAGGAUGACAAGAGGUUGGCCAGGAGGAGGAAGAGAAAGUGCAUUGCUGAUAGGAAUUUUGAGCCCAAAUCCUGGUUCAGUGCCACGAAGAAAAGAAGAGACUGUAGUAUCCAAGGGGAAGAAGAAAUGGCGGAUAAGGAUUUUGAGAAGUCAUUGAAUGGUUUAGAUCUUUAUGGUGAUUGGGUUGAUGAUGAUGCGGAUCCUGACUAUAAGAAGUUCUUGGAAAAUCUGACAGAGGAUGGAAGCUCCUAUGUACUGGUGGUUGUUCGAGAGAAUGAGAAUUUAGAGCUGAUAAAGUUUGAACAAGAAGAUGGGGAACUAGAUGAGACCAUUUUAGAUACCCCAGAAACUUUGAAAAAAUCUCAGAUGAAAAAGAAGACUGAAAUAAAAAAAGCUUUGAGGGGUGGUAUAAAGAGGGAACAAAUUUAUUGCUUUAACGAUUCUGUUAUUCCUUUGAAUAAAGAAGAGUUUAAGAGCCCAAGAUCUGUUAGGUAUGCUAUGAGGAAAAAAACAAGGGGAAUUCAGGAAGAUUCAGAGGGUCUGUCAAAGAAAAAGAGUUCAGGGGUGAAGAAGAAUGUAAAUGUGGAAGCUCCGGAUCCUGUUUCUGAUAGGACAAAAGGGCGUUCUAAUAAAAUCCAUGGUUUAGAGGUUCCCACUACCCGAGAAACUUUAAAAAGUUCUCAUGUGAAGAAGAAGAAUGUAAAUAAGAAAGGUGCAGAUGGUGGGACAAAGGGGCUUCCUGUUAAAACACCUAAUUUGGCUGAGAAUGGACACAACCAUGGAGCUGCGUCUGAUCAAAUAGACACGGACAUGGACUAUCAAGAGUUUCUAGAUGGUCUAAGAAAAUAUGGUGGAAAAGUGGUGUAUACACCUACAACUGGUGGACCAGUGGCGGUUGUACUUGAGGAGGAUGUGGAGAGUGAAAAUGAGUAUUUUACCUCAUUUACGGCAGUGGACGUAGACAGUGGGUGGUGUGUUGAAACUUGUGAUACAAGUCAUGCCCAGUUUAGGAAGGGGCUUAUGAAGGAUCUUAAACGGCCUUAUGACCAAGAAGAGUAUAAAAGGCUCUUGAAAGAACUGACCCUACGAAGGCCAAUAAAUCACGACAGAAAUCUGCGCAAUGGAAGAACAAAAUCCUACCCAGUUGCAGGGAAAUUAGGAGCUUCAUAUCGAGAGCAGCACAUAGUCCUGGCAAGAAAGAUUGAUGCUGCUGGUAGCGACCGCCCUAGAAUUUUGAAUCUUUUGCGUGGAUUUUUCUACUGGCUGAAGAAUGUGGCGCAAGAAGGAUGCUUCUGUCCUUGGAGUGACUCGUCUUGUUUGAAGGUGUUGCCUCAAGCUGAUAGAAAAAGGAAGUUUAGCCGCAUGUAGGACUUCAUGCAUUAUCUUCAGAUUGCGACGGAAGCGCAGUUGUACAGAUUAGGCUACAGCUGGGUAAGGUGUUAGCAUGAAAGUUGUCAGGGAUUCAAAGUGGCACAUUUUACAGCUGCAUCAUACGAUGCAAGUAUGCUAUGGUUUAGGAAUUUUUGUGAAUGAUGCAUACUUUUGUUCUCACUAAUGGAGUAUAAUCUGCUAACUGUAUAUUAAAACCA